GCCGGAAGCUCAUGCAAGCAUGCAACAAAACAAACAUUUUGUAGUUCAUUAGUUUGAGUGCAUUUCAAUGAUUUUUAACAGGCGCAAUAAUGAAGAAAAAGAGCUCAUCCUCGAACUUAGCGAAAGUAUAUCCAACAAUAAAUGAGGUUGAAGAUUGUCCAAAACCUGAGAAAACAAUAAAUGCAGAUUUUUAUGAGCUUCACACAAAAAAUCGCAAGCCCACCGAUGUAUGUUGUUUUACUGUGUUUGUAACAUUUUUAACAGUUUUGUGCGGUUUAAUUGGUUACUGCAUUUACCAUGGAGAUAUUAGAAGAGUCAUUAACGGCUACGAUAAUUGUGGAACCAUAUGUGGUGAUAAUUACAUCAAAGACAUGAAAAAUACAAACUUAGAAAAUUGCUAUAAAACCGUAGAUGAAGCGCAUUUUGGAAGAUAUUUUCUGACCAAAAAAGGAGAAUCAACGCUUAACGAUAGAAUUUGUACGAAUAGUUGCAAAAAUUAUGCUGGAUAUGAGAUGUUUCUUAAUAGAUGCCUGCCAUCAGCCAAAAAAGCUGCCAUUGAUAAAAUUUUCAUUCAUACUGGUCUUGUAGAUUUUUUUGUGGAAAUGUCUGAAGACUUUCACGUUUACUGGAAAGUAUUUGUUCCAUUAUUACUUAUAUCUGUAGUAAUAUCCCUUGGCUUCUUGUUACUUUUCCCAUUCAUAGCAAAAUUCAUGGUCUAUGUGGUAUUAGUAGGUGUAGUGUGGGCAUGUGCAGGAGCAACAGUUUAUUUAUGGAUGUCUUGGAAUGAACUCAGAACACUAAAAUCUCUGGAUGCAGAAAUUAAACAACGUCAAGUAUGGACUUAUUUAGGUAUGGCUGUAACAGCAACUUGUGUAACAGUUGUAGUCGUACUCAUUAUAGUAGUGAUGAGGAAAAGAAUCAAACUUGUAGUCCAAUUAUUCCAGGAAGCUGGAAAAGCAGUUUCGGAUAUGCCAGUGUUAUUAGCCGAGCCACUUUUGACGUUUUUGUCAAUAUUGUGCACCAUCGCCCUAUGGAUCUAUUUCUGCAUGUGGGUCAGUAGCGCUGGAAUUUUCACAGAAAGAAGCACCAAUGCCAAUAAGUAUUUUUACAGAAAAGAUGGUUUUAUGGAAACCGCAAAAUAUUUAAACAUUUUCGGAAUGCUAUGGAUGAUUCAGUUUGUAAUUGGUUGUCAGCACAUGGUUAUAGCUGGUGCUGUGUCGAAAUGGUACUUUACAAGGCAAAAAUCUCAGCUUUCAGUUCCUAUUACCGAAAGCUUCUACAAUUUAACUAGGUACCAUUUAGGAACGAUUACAGUAGGAUCAUUUCUACUAGUCGUAGUGCAAAUACUUAGAGCCAUACUCAGUUAUGCCCAAAAAAUGUUUCAAAAUGAAAAACUUAAAUCAGUGAAAUGUCUGAUUUGUUUGUGCAAGGGUUGUUUGUGGAUUUUGCAACAUAUUUUGGAAAUUUUGAGUCGGAACGCUUAUAUAAUAACAGCCAUUUAUGGACAUUCUUUUUGGAAAUCCGGAAAGCGAGCUUUUACAAUUUUGUCUGCCAAUCCACUUCGAGUGACUGCAAUUAAUUCUGUGGGCGACUUUGUUCUGUUUCUUUCCAAAGUUUUAAUUGUUGCUUGUUCUGUUACUGUUGGAUGUUAUUAUUUAAAGAACCAGGAAAAUAUCCAGCACGUUUGGGUACCGUUGGUACUGGUGGGUUUAUUUAGCUACUUUAUUUCUCAUUGUUUCAUGUCAGUUUAUGAGAUGACCAUCGAUACGAUUUUCAUUUGCUUUUGCGAAGACUGCGAAUUGAAUGAUGGUAUAUCCAAGCCAUAUUACAUGUCAAGAGAUUUAAUGGAGUUUGUGGAAAACUCGAAAAAGGCCAUGGAGGUUCAGAGUAAAUCUGAAAAGGGUGAGACCAAUGCUGAACUACAGACAGUAUCUCUGUCCGUGGAAAAGGGGAAAUGAAUUUAUAAUUUUUAACUAAUAAGGAAUUAACUGAAAUAAUCGUGUGCCAUAUACUUUGUUUAUACAUUUUUCUGUAGUGUUUUGAUAUUUGUAUCUAUUUGGUUACCUAAUUUAAGUGGCUAUUUGUAUGUCUUUAAUGAGUAAAAUUAAAGUUAAAACUUUUACAA